AUGUUUAGUUUGUCACCCAAAAGCAUAAGGGAAACUUCAUUCAAGGCUGUGAUUCUUUGGGCUGAUGUUAAGGGCCCACGAGACUUUGAAUUGGUUUCUUUUGAUGGGACUUGGAUUGGUAGUCUGCAUCAACAACUCCCGGAGACUAAACACCCAUCUUCAAUAUCACAUGUCAUAAAUUCAACUUUUCGAUAUCAAAUUUUUUUAAGCGAGACGAAAACAGCGCCCUCUUUGAAAACCCUUAUUUUGACUGAUCAGAAGAAUUCUCCGAUGGAGUCCGGAGGGAGCGAAACAAGUCGGAAACGUAAAGCUGAUGAUCUUAAUCAGAAGUCUCCUUUGGUUCUUUCAGAGUGUCCUUUGGUUGUUUCGGACUCUCUUGCUGAGUUCUUUGCGGAGAAUAAGAACAUUGCUGGGUUUGACAACCCUGGAAAAUCGCUUCUGAGUACGGUGAGAGAACUUGUUGAAAAUGCACUUGAUUCUGCAGAGUCCAUUGGGGAGCUUCCAAGGGUCGAAGUAACAAUUGAGGAGAUUAAUAGAAGCAUGAUUGAUGACGAUGUUGAGACAGUAAAGGAUAGUGAGAAACGGCUUGGCAAAAAUUCAGCACUUGGGAAGAAAACUGCUGCAAAACCCAUGAAGGGCCCCUCAAGUUAUUACAGGGUGACUUGUAAGGAUAAUGGAAAAGGAAUGCCCCAUGACGCUAUCCCGGAUAUGUUUGGACGAGUUUUAUUGAGGAAAAAGUAUGGGGUGAAGCAAACAUGUGGAAAAUUCGGACUUGGUGGUGCAAAAAUGGUAUCAAUAUGGUCAAAGAUGAGUACAGGAGAACCUAUUGAGAUAUGCUCAUCGAUGAAGAAUGAAAAUUACGCUACGCGCUGCAUUCUGGAUGUAGACAUUUAUAGAAACACUCCUCAUAUCCAUUUACAUGAAAAGAUAGGUGGCAUGGAGAAUUGGCAUGGAGCUGAGAUCAAAGUUAUAAUUGAGGGAAACUGGACAGCAUACGGUUCGAAGAUAUUGGAGUAUAUGCGCCAAAUGGCAGUUAUUACUCCUUAUGCAGAAUUCAAGUUUCGAUUUGUUGCAGUUACACCAGAUGAAAAUGGUGUGGUGGAGAAAAGUUAUCCAAGAUUGACAGAGGAAAUGCCUACAGUUCCUGUAGAAACAAAGUACCAUCCAUCAGCUGUGGAUUCGCUGCAUAUCAUCCAACGCCUGAUUGGUCAAACUAAAAAUCAGAAUCUUCUGGAGUUUCUUCAGCAUGAAUUUGUUAACAUUCCCAAUGAACAAGCUCAAAGAUUAAUCGCAAAAAUGGGUCCCGAUGUCACCUCCGAAACACAAGUCAACUCUUUGACUCUCCUACAAAUUGCUUACAUGCAUCACUUGUUUCAACAUACCAAAUUUGAUGAUCCUAGUGGCAAUUGUCUUGCACCUUUAGGAGAUGAAUCCUUUUGCGAGGGUAUAUAUAAGGUGCUGCAGCCGAAGAUGGUUGCAACAUACACUGCAAAAAGUGCUCAAGUAUAUCAAGGACACCCGUUCAUUGUAGAAGCUGGAGUUAGUCUGGGAGGAAAAUAUUUCAAGCAGGGUAUAAAUAUCUUCCGGUUUGCAAACCGUGUUCCGUUGCUGUUUGAGCAAGAUGCUGAUGUUGUCACCACAACUGCCAUGAAGAGAAUCAAGUGGGAAAGAUACAAAAUUUUUAAGAAGCAGGAAAAAAUUGGCGUUUAUGUUAACAUUGUAAGCACAAAAAUUCCAUUCAAAGGGUCUGGAAUGGAGUAUAUUGGAGAUGACAUAAGCAAGAUUAUUGCUAAGGCUGUCAAGACUUGUCUUGAAGAUUGCUGCAACCAGCUCAGGUCUCUAGACCUUAAAAGAAAUAUGAGUUUCUACAUUGAUCAAGCUGCAACUGCUUGUGCUAGCAUAAUGGAGAUUCGCCCAGACUUGAAUGGUCCAGAUACUAAAGUAUGGACAAAAGAACAGCUGGUUCGAGAUUUUCGUGAGGAUUGUAAAAAGGCGGGAUUAAUAACAGAUUAGAUGGCAAUGGAAUCAAUGCUUUUUGGAGCUUUUGUUCAUAUGGGUAACAGUUUGCAUCAGAAAGGAACAAAGGUUAUGGGACUUUUUGUUUUCUUUUGUUCAUCUGGGUUUUUUGGAUGUUUGAAUUAGGGUUUGUUUAUGUCACUACUACAAAAAACAGUAAUACCGACGGCCAAAUCCGUCGAUAAUCCGUUGCUCAUACUCUUACCGACGGAAUUGUAACAGACCAAAAUCCGUCGGUAUAUUCUUGUCACUAAUUGUUUGUAAAGGAUUUCCGACGGCUACGACAAAUUUUUAGCGACGGAUUUUUCCGUCGGUGAUUAGUAACGGAUCACCGACAGAAUAUUUUUUGCAACGGAUUACCGACGGAAUAAGUUUGCAACGGAUUACCGACGGAAUAAGUUUGCAACGGAUUAGCAACGGUUUUCAACGGAUUACCGACGGAAUCUGGAAUAACUUACUAACGGAUUACCUACAGAAUCUGGGAAUAACUCACUAACGGAUUACCGACAGAUUUUGUUGUGACUGAUUAGCG